CGGUGUUUCCGGUAUUCAGAAAUGUUUCUGUAAAGGAGCGCGGUCCCUGAAGAAGCAGGGGUAGUGGUGGGCGCCUCGUCCGGAGUACUGUCUAACGUUACCCACUAAAUAUCCUAAAGAUUACAGCGCAAAACGGCGCUCGUUUGAUUGCUUUCUUCUCUCUGCUCGACGAUUUGCAAGCUUGGAGUCUCGGUGUGGCUCCGCCGACCGUUAAAGAUCUCGCAAACAACAGACCGUUAGCUUAAGUAGCGAGCUAGCUAUCAUUAGCUGCCAUGUCGGGUGUUGUGCGAGGCCCCGCUGGGAACAACGACUGCCGGAUAUAUGUGGGAAAUCUUCCUCCUGAUAUUCGCACAAAAGACGUGGAAGACGUGUUCUACAAAUACGGGACAAUUCGAGAUAUCGAUCUGAAGAACCGGAGAGGGGGGCCGCCGUUCGCCUUCAUUGAAUUCGAGGACCCCAGGGACGCUGAUGAUGCAGUCUAUGGGCGGGAUGGUUAUGAUUAUGACGGCUACAGGCUGCGUGUGGAGUUUCCUCGGAGCGGUAGGGGCUCGAGAGGCGGGUUCGGUGGGAUCGGUGGAGCUCCCAGGGGCAGAUAUGGGCCCCCAUCCAGACGCUCCGAGUACAGGGUCAUUGUGUCGGGACUCCCUCAGAGCGGCAGCUGGCAGGACCUGAAGGACCACAUGCGUGAAGCAGGCGACGUGUGCUACGCCGACGUUUUCAGAGAUGGAACCGGAGUUGUAGAAUUUGUGCGCAAAGAAGACAUGACCUAUGCCGUCCGAAAGCUGGACAACACCAAAUUCCGCUCGCAUGAGGGAGAGACUGCUUACAUUCGUGUGAAAUUAGACGGUCCCCGCAGCCCAAGUUAUGGAAGAUCACGCUCCCGCAGCCGUGGCAGUCGGAGCAGGAGCCGCAGUCGCAGCGCCAGCCGCAGUCGCAGCAAUUCCCGGGGCCGUGGCAGAGGAUCGCCCCGCUACUCGCCUCGUCACAGCCGCUCUCGAUCCCGUUCUUAAACCUUUCUACCACCGAUGUGUUGCCCUUUUGAUGUAUACCCUCCUGUUUUUACCUCUUAUGAGUUUCUCCUAAUGUCAGCAAUUGAUUUUUAAUUUUUGCAUUUCAUGUCCCGAUGUCCUUGUGGGUGAUCAUGGUAUGUAGAUGUACCCCCCUCCUCCUCUUUUGCCCUUUAACCCCCCACCCUCUCCAGCUGCUUUGUCAUUUUAUUUUCUCCCUCGCUCUCUCUCUCCCUUUUUUUCUGUCCUCUGAAUUUUUGCAACAUUAGGAAUUGUGCUGUCGAACUUCAAAAAUGUUGAGUUGUCAUAAACUGCACUCAAUGUUUUUGCAAGUAUUGAAAAUUGAGUUUUAUUUUUGUUUUAUUUUAAAAAAACAACAACACAGCUUUUCUUAUUGGAUAUGUGGGGUGGGCUGUUUGGAUGGGGAGCCCAAUGCUUAACUGUAUUUUACCCUUGUGUCUUCCUUUAGACAUCUGAAGAGAAGGAUUAAAGUGAUUUGGAAUAAAACCAUUGUGGAGCACAUUUCAUUUGUAUGGUCAGGAUAGGACAUCUAAUUGAGGAGCAAUCAGGUCGAGGCAAUGGUACGCUUCAUAUUCCAUAAAUUGAACGUUUUCAUAGGUUGCUAUUUCAUGCAUGUCAUACUUAACAAAGCCAUAUGUGCUGUACUUUGUUUAUAUAUAUACAGUUUUUAACAUGCUACUCUGGCUUGUGACAGAAAUAAGCAGUCCUAGAUCAAGUGUUGUGAUGUAAGUGUAACAUCUUUGCUGUCAAAUGUAAAAAAAAAAAAAAAAAAAAUAUCUGAAUCACUACUUUUGUUGCAAAAAAA